CGCAAAUGACAUUGAAAUUGAUAAUCGACUUAUUUUAGAGUUUGCAAUUGUAAAACUUGUAAACACGUGAGCAUGUGAACUCUUUAUAAAUGUAUCGUUUUGUAACAUUAUGAGAUUAUAUAGAUUUGAAUUAUCAACAAAUUACCAUCAUUGACUACAUAAUAAUUUUACCUUAACUAUCGGAAUAAUAUAGAAUAAUUUAUUGGGAAAAACAAUGAGUCGAGAUAAAAAAAAAUUAACUUUUGGCGAAGACCUAGAUCUUAAAGCAAUCAAAGAUUGGAUAGAAAAAAAAGGCAUUGAUGUUAACUCUAUUCUAACUUAUUGCGAAGAAAGAAAUUGGACUUUUGUUCAUAUAGCUGCUGAUACUUCUAAUGAAGAAUUGUUAGAUUACUUAUUAAAGAAAAAAGCAAACUUAAAUAUCAACAAUGAUGACUGGGGUACACCUCUUCACAUUGCUGUGACUCGUGAAAAUAUUAGAAUUGUCAAAAAGUUAAUCGACAAUGGCGCGGAUAUAAACAGUCCAAGAGGUUCCUUUGUUUGGACACCGUUACAUACGGCGAUAGAAAGUCUCAAUAAUGAAGCGAUCAAAUUAUUGAUAGAUAAAGGUGCUGACGUAAAUGCUGCUUGCGAUGAUGAGAUAAGAACCGGUUGCACACCCCUACAUCUUGCAAUUGAAACAAAUAAUGAAGAGAUAGUUGAAUUACUUGUGAAAAAAAAUGUCGAUGUCAAUGCCAAAAUAAAAUUAUUCAGUUGGCCAAUUUUUUCUGCUUCAACUCUUGGGAACCCCAAAAUAAUUGAAACUCUCAUUAGACAUGGUGCUGAUAUUAAUUUGCCCGUUGAGGAUAAAGACUCUCCGUACUAUCGGUUCACAUCACUUCUAAUUGCCGUUAUAUUUAAGCAUCGUCAAGCUGUAAAGAUUUUAAUAGAAAAUGGUGCCAAUAUUGAUGCUGUCACUGAUCAAGAAGAUACUGCGCUUCAUCUUGCUGUUUUACAUCCCGACGAUGAGAUUGUCCAGGAACUACUUAACGCUGGUAUAGAUGUUAAUAAACUUAAUAGUGAAAAUAAGAUAGCGCUUGAUUACUGCGAUGAUGAAUCAACAUGUGAAUUACUAAAAAAACAUAUUGUUAAAUUGAAAACAGCUGGGGUAUUUGUGCAUAAAAAAAAUUUUAAUAUCAUACUUGAAGAUGUAAAGUUAAAAAAUUUACGGUUCAAAUGUCUUGAGGAAAUUAAAAAAAUGGAAACUACUCACAUUGGGGUGGAUUUGACGUUUAAUGAAUUAAUGAAUGAUGUCGAGAGUAAGUUGACAGCAUCAAAACAACAUUAUGAUGAGAUAUUAAUGAUUCCCGAGAGUACAAUUAUGAAAAAAUUUCCUUUGUAUGCCAAUCUACUGGUUAGUCGUUUGAAUAAAAUUGUAAAAAAAUAAACAAUUAUAGAUAUUGAGAGUUAUGUAAUUAUAAUUUUGUAUGUAUGUUGGUUCAAUAAAAAAAAUGUUCGUUGAACAAAAAAAAUAUUA